CCAGAUAGAUAAGACAUACAUAUAUUAGAGUCAGGUUUGCAGGCACCAGUGUUUGGUCAAAGGUAUCGAGAAGAUCUAGAUGGCCAUGCGUGUAUUCACUCUUUCCAUCGGACUCCUAGCUAUUGGAACAGUCGCAGCUGAUCACCUCACCAUCGUCCGAGCCAGGGUGACCUUUGAUGCCGCGGAGAACAGGUGCAAGGCUUUGGGUGGUCAUCUGGCGUCCAUACACAGCGAUGUCGAGAAUGACCUGGCUCACAGACUGUGUGAUCUGACUAACGGUGACUGCUGGCUGGGUUAUCGACGUGUGGGCACGUCCGGCAACGUCUUCGCCUGGAUAGAUGGGUCAAACCAGGCAUACACCAAUUUUCAUUCAGGUGAACCUGACAACUGGAACCACGUAGAGGGAUGUGUCCAGCUCCUCUUGAAGUACAGCCUGGGAACAUGGAGUGACCAGGACUGUGACGCCAGCUACGACCACGCCUACCCCAUCUGCAGGGUCAAGGACAGUAACGUGACCUUGACCGCCCCUGAACUAACGACCUCCAACACGGGAUCAACGAACCCCGGAGAUUUCAAUGUACAACUCGUAAAUGUGAAAAUGACCUUUAAGCAAGCGGAAGACGUGUGUUCUGGGUAUGGCGGCCAUCUUGUCUCUAUUCACAGCAGGGCGGAGAAUGAUCAGGUCAACCAACUUUGUCGAAAAGCUGGCGGGUCCUGCUGGAUUGGUUUGUCUCUUGGUACUUCCUGGACCUGGACCGAUGGAUCUGCCGUGAAGUACUGGUACUUUCACACAGGUGAGCCCGACAACUGGAAUGGAGUGGAGAAAUGUGCCCAAAUGAUGGCCAAGUUUUCCCAAGGCGUGUGGAGUGACCAAGAUUGUGACGCAGCCUACGACAACGCAUUCCCCGUAUGUAAGUUUCCCGCGGGGAGCCACCCCGUCAUCACCACUCCCGUGCCCACUACGCCCGCCCCCCACAGCAACAACAAUAAUGGCGGGCAAGGUUCAAAGCCGUCUCAGGCACCACAGAGUUCUCAGAAGUGCCCUGAUGGAGUCACAGAAACAAUUGAUUAUGGAAAUCUAAACAAAUCUGGCCCAGGACGGAAGCUUCAGAUCAAAGGGAAGCAUUUCUACAUCAACGACAAAAAGGUGUUUCUGUCGGGAGCCAAUCAGGCGUGGGUUGCCUAUGGUUACGAUUUCGGGAAUAACCAAUACCAAUACAGGAAGACUCAAUUUGAAUGUUUCCUCAGGAAAAUACAUCAAGCUGGAGGAAACUCAAUGAGAACUUGGAUCCAUGUAAGUGGACAAACGACUCCCGAAUUUGGCGCUUCUGGUCACGUGGUCAGCCUUGAUAAAGAAGGAACGUUCAUCAGCGAUAUAAAGAAGUACCUCAGAACAGCUGCCAAAUACAACAUCGUGAUAUUCUUGACUCUGUGGAAUGGUGCCCUGCAUAACAGCAAAAUGGACGGCUUGGUGAAGGAUGAAUCCAUUUUACAGUCCUACAUCGACAAUGGACUCAUCCCAUUGGCUAAAGCCAUCAAGGAUGAACCUGGUUUGGGCGGAUAUGACAUCAUCAACGAGAUCGAAGGUCUCUUGAUACCCGACGAGACUAACACGGAGCCAUGCUUCGACACGAAUAUCCUUCACAAGUCCGGUGCUGGUUGGGCGCAGAGGGCGUUCUCCAUGCAAGACUUUUUAAGAUUUAUUUCCCGACAAGCUGACGCUAUCCGAAACGUAGAUCCGACCACGCCCAUCACAGCUGGGUCAUGGAACGUGCGGUCUAAUACUGAUCAGUUCAAGUUCUUUAACUACUAUAAAGACGAGUGUAUGAAGAAGGCUGGCGGAAAGCCCCAGGGGCAUCUUACGUUUUAUUCAACUCACACCUAUGAUAAUAAAACGUUGUUCGACGACUGGGCUCCAUUCCUGCACAAUGCUUCGGAGUACCAACUGGAUAAACCACUUGUCAUCGCUGAGUUCAACCAAGUUCGAGGAGCAGGAAUGACGUCACAGGACCAGUUCAAGUGGUCUUAUUUCCAUGGUUACGACGGUGCCUGGAGUUGGUAUGCCAUGGCCCAGUCCAGUCCAACAGACACCCUUGCAACACAGAUGCUGGGCAUGGAGUCCAUUAAGGCAGAAACAGACGAGAAGGCAGGAGGACUAGUAGCGUUCUCGUUAACGUAAAAAUACAACCAGUGACGUUAACGUUAAAUACAACCAGUGACGUUAACGUAAAAUACAACCAGUGACAGAAGAUACUUUGUAAAAUAGCACACUUGAGAUAAACGUUGCUUUCAUA